AUGGUCAACAGCCGAUAUCCGCUCGGUCUACUCGGCAUCUUCACUCUCCACGCCCUCCUCUCUUCCGUCUGGUCAUCUUCCCCGAGCGCAGAGGUGACCUGGCAUCUACCCUUGCUAGGUCUGCCGGUCACACAGUCUAGUCGUCAACCAUCCCCACUACGAUUCUUUCGACAUCAUAAUCCGAAGGUCAGACUAACCCCUGGACUACCCUCGCUGGCAAUCACCGUCACUCAAAAAAAUAUCCUUGGGGCAAUUAAUCCUAAGAACGGAACAAUAGUAUGGCGCCUGCUUCUUCCUCAAACCGAGCCGAUCAUUCAGUAUGCUGUUGAUAUAAAUAAUCGUCAUGUGGCCAUAAUCUCUGGCGAAAAUACGGUCAAUGUUCGACUUUUGUCUCUUGCUGAUGGACGUCUCCUAUGGUCGAAAUCCCUCGGCAACAGUGGUCCAAAGCAGGCAGAUGGGCUGGUUGGACGUCCCUGCGAUCUGGUCUUCACUACCGACCAACAUUCCGAUCAUAGCGACUUUCCCGAUCUCAUCAUUUUGUCCCGCCAAUCUCGCGCAUUUAGACUCAGUGGUCACGAAGGUGCAAUACGAUGGACGUGGAAGACAGUUGACUCAUCAUGGAAAAUCUUGAAAGUCUUCGCACAAAUCUCGGACGAUCAAAUAAAUCUUUUACUAUCCAAGGACCACACCGAAAGCACUUAUGUUACCGAAGUUCAGUCUAUAUCGAGUACUACUGGUUCGACUUAUGAUCACCGUUCAGGGUCUCAUCAGAUUUGCCGCCAGUCAGAAGAACCACCCGUUAUUCUUGAUGCCACGUUGGAUUCAACAGCUUCGAUAGCCCAGUCAGUGGUCAUCUGCGUCGACCCCGAAGGUCAUAUCUCAUCAGCACUAGUCCCAAAUCAACCAACCGCCUCUUUGCAAAUUUCAACAUUUUCAGCCCUGAAACAUAAACAUCCAAUCCUGAUAGAUGUGGAUCUUGCUGGAGAAAGUGUGUUUCUGGCUAAACUUUCAGACGGAUCUGCAAUCGUUUUUCAAGCCUCCUCGAACGGGACAUUGAAAUCUUUGUGGAGUUUCGAUACAACGGACUUGCCUACGACGUAUGCUGGAUCUGUCGAUCGAGAUGGUUUACCUUAUGUUUCCAAGGUAUCCUUUGUACCGACCCUGAGUCUUGCUAGUUUGGAAAUCUUGUCAUUGACACCCACAGAGCGCACCCCAGAAGGAUUUGUUGUUGGGAGCACAUUUGAUUACGAUUUUUCAGAGAAUGGGCAUAUUGUUGGAAUUUCUGUUGAGGUCUUACAAAUUAAUAAUUACACGCCAAUGUCCCGAGUAAUGCUUAUUACUGGAAUGGGUGACAUUCAACUUUGGCAAGGCGAGACGCUACAAUGGGAGCGCCAUGAAGAUCUUUCUUUGCCAGCCUCGAUCACUUUGCAUCAGUCCAAAAAUCUUGGAGGUCCUCUGUUGAGCACUGAUCCUAUCGACAUACCUCGUUAUGCACUUCAAAUUGCAAAGGUUCUUUUCUCUGGACUUUUGAACUUUGGAUCACUCAAGGCGGACUCAUUCAAUGCACCCCUCACCAAUGCUUAUAUUUGGCUCAUUGGCACAGCGACAGGUCGCUUAUUUGCAAUUGUCAGGGAUCCUCAGACCGAGGAGAAAAUCCUAUGGAAACGAAGUUUGAUGUUGCCCGGGGCUGUGGGCUCACAUGCCACUUUGAAAUGGGAAAAACUGUCGUUUGAGGGUGCUCAAACUGGCUCACAUCAUUCGUAUGUGAUUGUCUCUGUACAAAUGGGUGAGAGCCAAAGGACGUUUACGAUCGGAUUGAUGGACGGAAAAAUCUUGAAUCGAACCACAACCACGGUCUCAGACAAGCCGCUAGACUAUUUUGUAUCACAUGGAAAGAAAUUACUAUCGAUUCAUGAUCGAGAUAUGGGAGGCUCGCCUGCUCGAUUCCUAGGUGAUCGGGGCGCUCUGUUCAAAUACCUUAACCCCAACCUUGCAGUUUACUUUGACGAUCAGCUUGGCAGACAGACUAUCGAGGUCUACGAUCAGAGGACCGGCGCGCUGAUCUGGGCAUUCGAGUUUUCGGUCAAGGUUGACCCAGCCUCGAUCAAUGCCGCUUUAACCGAAAACUGGCUGGUUAUCACCAGCCGUGAAUCCCACGGUGGCUCUACCCGGAUCAAUUCAAUCGAGUGGUUCAUGAGUUCUAAAGAUGAUGUGCGAGUUGAUGGAUCGACAGCUAAUAUCACUAGCUCUGCUCGGUCUUACCUUACACCAUUUGACAUCAAAGGAUUAGGAUUCACGAAGAGUCGAUUAGGCGUCACCUCGAGAGCCUUGCUAGUGAUCAGUGAUAUGGACCAGAUCGUUAGCAUCUCCCGAAGGCUUUUGGACGUUCGGCGGCCAUUUAAGAAACCCACGACAGAAGAAAUCGAAGAGCUAUUGGUCAAGUAUGAUCCGUUAAUCAUGAUCGAUCCUAAGACUAUCAUCUCGGGAGAUCGGCCGACCAAAGGCUUGGAGCAAGUCUACAGUUUUCCCACCGAAUUUGAAUCAACUUCGGCCGUCAUUGGAGUGGGCUUAGAUCUCUUUGCAAGCUCGACUGCGCCCUCAAGAACGUUUGAUAUGCUCGGUUCUGACUUCAACAAGGCCCAGUUAAUCCUCACCUCUGCUGGCCUUCUUCUCUCUACCCUGAUUAUGAGACCAAUUGUCCAAAAGAAACAAUUAAAGCGGCAAUGGUACACAUAA